AUGGAGUACGACUCUAACGGACCAAACUUGAAGCCACUACUGCUCAUCAAUGUAGCAUCACCCAGCGACGAUAUCACAGGGGACUUUCGGGUCCUUCAAAAUGGACAGCCUGCAUUCGAACUUGCGCUCGGCACGCUUCAUGAUGUACUACCUAAUGCCGAUACAAUCUACAUAUGUGUACAAAAUCAGCUUCAAGUAGAUGCUAUCGAGGAGCGGCUGAGCCAGCCAGAUUCCAUCAAGAAUAAGUCGUCAGCUCUAGACCACGAACAAGACCAUCCACCGCUACCCUUCCCCAAAAUUCAUCCCAUCUUCCUCGAGGCAGACCACAAUUAUAAUAGCAAUGGACUCUUAGCGGCAGCAAGGGAAUUCCCACAAGUCAACUGGCUAGUCUUAGUCUGCGAUUAUCCAAUUUUGCCUCCGCCAGCGUUGCAACAGCUAAUACUAGAUUUCGAGCAACCAGUAACAUGUUUUGUCACUCCAAAGGGCUCAGUUGAACCCUUCGUUGGGAUCUGGACUCCUGCGGCGCUAAGACGGAUGGUGCAACAGGUCGCAUUCUCAUCGAGCUUCGUUGAAAUCUUUGAGGAUUUAGGUGGCCGAAAGAUCUCGCCAUUACGGCUUGAGUGGCUCGCGCACAGUGAGAGUAUCUAA